CGCUGAGACGCGGGUGAAAUAUUUUUUCGAUGUAAUUAUACCGUAUUUAAUCGCGUGACGAUCGGCGUUAAGCGUAUUCGAAAAUCAAUGUACCGGUCGCCGCAUAAUUAAAUGUGGAAAAAAUUUGAAAAAUGUUUUUUCCAUGUUCGGGCGUCGUCAAUUAGGCUUUCUUCGCACAAUUAUGUGAGAAACGACGAUAAUUACGACUACUCGGCCGUUUUCGUUUCCCGCUCCGUUAAGCGGAAUCCACACUCGAUAUGAGGUCCUUGAAUGCAAUGUGAAUUCUUCCUAACGCGAGCCACCGUGCCGCCCGUUCGGAACAUUGUCGCUCGUUAACUGUGCUGUCCGUUGCUCUUGGAGGUUAGUUUAGCCGUUCGGAACGGAACACUGCGGAGAGAGCCGCUCGGCCAAGCUGCUUCGACCUGUAUCAGUUGCAGUAAACGCACAACUACGAUCCUUUUGUCACGGUCGGGAUCGGCUGUAUGGAGAUUUCGCGGAGGGCCGCAAUUCUCUGAAGGAUGGAGUCGCCGCCGACCCUGGAGGCCACUUACCAGGCCGUGUACUCUUUAUAUAAUAAUACUAAUCCAUCCGAGCCAGCGAAAGCGUCACUAUGGCUAGGAGAGUUACAGAAAUCGGUAUACGCUUGGAAGAUAGCUGAUGAAAUGCUCCAUCAAAAACGGGACGUGCAGUCCUGUUAUUUUGCAGCGCAAACAAUGCGCACCAAAAUUCAACUAUCUUUUCACGAAUUACCCCCGGAGGCUCACGCCUCGCUGAGGGAUUCGCUGAUGGACCAUAUAUUACAAAUAAAUGAACACACUAAUUCCGCCAUUGUCACACAGUUGUGCUUAGCAUUAGCAGAUCUGGCCCUACAAAUGUCCUCUUGGCAAAAACCCGUAGUGGAUUUAAUUAAUAGGUUCGGAGGGAGCACUGUUUAUCUAUGGCCCUUGCUUGAAAUGCUGAGAGUACUCCCGGAGGAAGUAAAUUCCAGAUCACUUAGAUUAGGAGCUAAUCAUAGACAACAUAUAUUGCUCGAACUUAAGGCAAGCGCAGACAUCUUAACGGAGUUUCUGAAAAUGUGUGUAAAGAACGGCGGAGAGAAUAUACAAGUUCGAACCACAACUCUGCGGUGUUUCACCAGCUGGAUAACCGUCCAUGCGAUACCGCUAGAAGCCGUACCUUCCAGCGAUGUUGUCGCUUAUGCGCUACAGAUACUCGGCAGCCAUAUGGAGUGUUCGCAACUGCACGAAGCAGCCUCCGAUUGUAUCUGUGUCAUUCUACAAGCGCUCUACACGGAUAACAACACGAAUCGCGACAGCGAGAACCAGCCGAGCGUGCAGUUGCAGCAGUUGCAAUCGUGUCUCUUCGCGAGCGUGAUGAACCUGGAACAACCGUACCACCUGUCCGUCGCGCACGAAGACACGGAGAAGUCUAUAAAUUACUGUCGAAUAUUCACGGAAUUGGCCGAGACUUUCUUGGAUACCAUAGUAGCUGGUAGCAUAGGAGGGAAGCAACAUUACGGCAUCAAGAUUUUAGAUCUCGUUCUGACUUGUGUCGGCCACAACGAUUACGAGGUGGGACAGAUAUCGUUCAAUUUGUGGUAUCGGCUCUCCGAGGUGCUGUACCACAAAAAUAGCGAUGAUCUCAAUGCCGUAUUUCGACCCCAUAUCGAGAGACUGAUUGGUGCCCUCUGCAGGCACUGUCAGAUAGAACCGGACCAUUUGGGUCUCGUGGAAGAAGGCGUGGGUGGGGAAGAGUUCGCCGACUUCAGAUUUCGCGUGGCUGAUCUGAUCAAGGACGUAGUGUUCAUCGUUGGGAGUAGCCACUGCUUCCGGCAAAUGUUCGCGUCGUUGACCGGUGGGCCUGGACCGCAGGGUCAGCCAGUACACACACCUACCUGGGACUCGACCGAAGCUGCGUUGUUCAUUAUGCAAGCUGUAGCAAAGAACAUACUUCCGGAGGAGAAUGACGUGGUGCCAAAGGUGGUGGAAGCUAUACUCAAUUUACCGGAGAACACGCAUAUAGCCGUGCGGCACACCAGUAUCCUUCUGUUAGGCGAACUGUGCGAAUGGAUAGACAGCCAUCCGCGAACUUUGGAGCCGGUGUUGAAUUUCCUUUUAGCGUGUUUAAAUCAAAAAGGCUUAGGAAAUGCCGCCUCAGGUGCGUUGUUAAGUAUAUGUACAUUUUGCCCGCUACACAUGGCGCCGCACUUCUCGGGGCUCCUUCAGAUAGCUUGUUCGCUUGAUAGUUUCGCAAUCAACAAUGACGCGGCUCUUGGUCUAUUGAAAGGGGUAUCUGUAGUUUUGGCGAAAUUACCGGAGGAAGAGAUCACCCGAGGGAUGAGGGAAUUGUGCGGCUUCCACGCGACUUCUCUGUGGACGCUUCUGUCGGACAGAAUUCCAAUUGAGAGAGGAACAAAGACUGAUCCUGUGAUAUGGCUGGAUAGAUUAGCCGCUGUAUUUAAAUAUACCAAGCCUGCAAUAGAGGACCCCAAUAAGCCUCAUCCUUGUGAAGGCAUAGUCACCGAAAUAUGGCCGAUAUUGUCUAACGUAUGCACGACAUAUCAACGGGAUGUGCGAAUCAUGGAGAGAUGUUGCCGCUGUAUACGCUUCGCGAUACGUUGCGUAGGCUCACGUUCUGCCCCCUUGCUCGAGCCGAUCAUAAAAGAGAUCGUACCGCUGUAUACGUUAAAUCAACACAGUUGCUUUUUGUAUCUCGGGUCUAUAUUAGUAGACGAAUUCGCCAAAGACGCGAUAUGCGUGUGGAAUCUGUUGAAUAUGUUACAAGCUGUCAUAGGUCCUACUUUCGCCCUUCUUGAGGAGGAGGACGGUUUGAAGAAUCAUCCGGACACGGUAGAUGAUUUAUUCAGGUUGUGCGCCAGGUUUCUUCAAAGAGCCCCUGUCCCUUUGUUACAAUCUCCCGUUAUUGGGAACAUUGUAGAUUGUGCGAUAAUGGCUUGUAGUUUGGAUCACAAGGACGCUAACAGUUCAGUAAUGAAAUUCUUCUACGAUUUCUUGAACAGUGGUCGCUGUUACAAGGAUCGUCCGGAUUACACGACCCGGCAGCAGUUGGUACAAAGUAUACUGCAAGAGAAGGGUCAAACGCUCGUCAUAAAAUUGCUGCACGCCUCGGUGUUCUCGUUGCCGUCAUACAUGUUGUCUGAUAUAGCGGACGUAGUUAUGGAACUUAUACAACAUGACAGAGAGCUCACGUCGAAAUGGCUGGAAGAAGCCAUCAAGACGAUGCCGGCGCAGAAUGCGAGCGGAUCUCCCGCAGCCACGCCCGAACAGCUACUUGAAUUUCACAGUACAAUUACGAGCGCAGAUUCAGCGAAAUCUAUCACUAACGCCCUGCGAAAUUUCGCACGUCUGUAUCGCUGAUGCGUCCCCGCUCCGAUGCGCGUGUGAUAAAUUCGCCUCAAUAAAUUCUCCCUAAAUUAUAUAAAUUACGAAGAUCUUCCAACAAGUUUUGUUUACGUCGUCGUCGAUGAGCGAAAAUUUCGGCAAAAUGUAACACGGUGAGUCUCGAUACUGUAGAAGCAACACGUCAUUGGAAAGGGAGAGAGAGAGGGAAGGGGGCGGGGGGCAAUUAAAAAAUUUUCUUUGAUUACUAUCUAUAGUGAUGUUUGCAAAGUAUAUCGAUACAUUACUAGGCCUUGCAACUGGACAUGCAUCUUUCUUGUAAAACAUCUACACAAAAGAAAAAGGGAAAUCCUUUGUAUCUGUUUAUACACUUAUUUUUAUUAUCUCUUUCGUGCACGCAUUUUGAUACACAUUUGUACUUUGUUUGUUAAUAAUCGUCUCGCGCUAGGUACGAUUAUUAACUUGUACAAUUAUCUAUUAUUAGAUACGGGCAAAUAUUUAUACAAGUAUUUUCAAAUUUAUUAUAUUUCCUUUUAUUUAUAUACAUGUAUCGACAGAAGAGAAUGUUUGUGCGAUUUAUUUUAUUACGGAGAAAGGAAAACGUAUACCUUGCAGGCACACUAUAAACAGUAAACACGCCGAGAGAUGAUCGUGAAAACGAAGAAUACGCGUACUGACCACUUUAUUUAUAAAUUAACUAGAUUGUACUGACAUAUUUUGCUUGUGUGUGAAAUGAUCUGUUAAUCAGCAGAAAUUUUAUAACAUUGCUCUUUUUACUGUCUCGACUAUCAUUGCGUUGUAAUUACAUUUACUUGGCGCAAGAAAUUCAUCACAUUUGUUCCCCCGUGAACGGAUUACAAAAUCAUGAUCUUCAUUUCUUGUUCGAUCAACGAAUAACCAACAUGUGGCAGAAGCACAUUUAUGAGAAUUAAAGUGACUCUUUUUAGUUAAGCAUCUGCAAAUGUACUACGAUAUAUAUAUAUAUAUAUAUAUAUAUAUAUGUGUGUGUGUGUGUAUAUAUAUAUAUAUAUACCUAUUAUUUUCAAGAGAAUACAAAUCUAUCUCGUCUAUGCAUACUUGAACAUUUGUGCGCGCGCAAGCUAUAAUUAAAAACAAUAAUUUCAAUAUGAAGGUUGACAUUGGCAUUCGUUGUUGUUUCUCAACUUGUGCUGCGCAAGACGCUAGGCAGCACUACUAAAUUGAACGACUAUUAUAUAUUACUUACCGAUUUAUUCAGCCUUUUGAAUCCAUCUGUAGUUAAUUUUCAAUUUGUACCUAUUAUAGUAUUAUAGCAAGGAACAUAUUUUCUCGCGAGCUCCAUCGAGAGAUAAUUACUCCGAUUACAAUUUUACGUAGGAAAUUUUAGAGAUUUAUACAAAUUUUUCCAUGUUUGCACAUAUAUAAAGUCCAUUUCGAGUACGUAUAUAUUUUAAGUAUAUUCUAACAAUUGUAUAAUAUAUGGGAUAAAUGUACGUACGUAAAAUAGCACUUUGCUGUGUUAAACUGCAAUACUGUUCGUGUGAGGGAUGAUUACAGAGUUC